AUGUGUCUGUGGUCAGGAGUGUGGGCAUGGGCGCUGGCCGACACGUCGGUCGACUUCCACCAUACCGUGGAUGCGGUGGUCGACGCUUUGGGGGAAUGCGAUGGUCUUGGCCCAAUCUGGGGCCCCGGAGGGCCCCCAGUCCUUGCGCUCCCGGCCCUUGCUGCUCCAGCUGCAGCUGACGUCGAUCAUGUGUUCCCGCACGCGUUUAGAGUCAAGAGUGCCAGCCCAAGCCGUUUCGACCGAACUGGGUCAAGAGUCUCCAGUGUCGUGGCCUUCUCACUCUGCAGGGACCCCUGGGAGGCCUCGGGUCUCCACGAUGCUCCGCGCGGGCUUCGCGAGAAGUCCCAUGUGCGCAUGUUGUUUGCAGGCUGA